UGAAAAGGCAGUUGCGUGACAUAACGCUGGUCUAAAAUUGUGAGAAAAAAAUACAGAAAUCGUGAAUAUAUUUGUUACACAGAUGUUCUAAGGAGUCAAGUGUUGCGUGUGAAGAUAACCACAGGACAUAGUUGUAAGAGUUAGGAGGACAUUUCACGUCAUAUUACUUCAUACCAGAUCGUGGACUCUGGUGGGCGUCGCUGUUCCCAGGGACCGCAAGCAACCACCAGGUAAGGCUGCGGGUCUGUCAGGAGAGGCGGACGUGACGGGACGGGUUUCUCCGUUGUCCCAGUGUCACUCGUGGCUGUGUCAGGGGCACAGAUUGAGGAAGACGCUCCAGGCCGCAGCCAAGGCCAUGGUGGGCGUAUAGCAUGAUGCUCGGAGAGAAUGUGGCGGUGGGCGUGGGCGGAGGGAGUCUGCCCCGCCCACGCUCCGCUGAUAAUCUUGCCCGCCUGGCGCCCGCGUCGUCCCUACCAGCUCUCGACGACCUCGCCGAAUCCGAGGUCUUCGUAGGUGACGAGGAGGAAGACCUUGCUCUGAACGGGGAAGUGCAGCAAGGGGAGGAGAUCCAUGUGCGGCCGACCUCCCUGCAGCACGCAGACGCCCCGCCGCCCACCCUCUCCGGCGGCAGCGGCUACGACCCGCUCUCCCCGAACCUGUUCCCCUCUCCCACGGAGCCCGUCCCUAACGCCACCAACCUCGUCAUCACCUACCACGAUGACGCCCUGCGGCUGCCGCUCGACGCCGUCAAGGAGGAGGUCGAAGCAGAGGCGCUCGAGGAAGCUAGCAUGAUCCUCUCGAGCGGCCCUGCGUCCCUCGGCCACGCGUCCCUCACCUCCUCCGUCAUCUCCUCCAACUCCCUCGACGACAACACAUUGUCCUCGAGAACGGACACUUUCGAUACAGUGAUUUCUGUGCCCACCAGUGUUCCGAGUCCUCCGGUAGAAUCUCCCGCUACGACCAGUCCGACUCCCGCCAAAAACACGCCUCCUGCACGCCCGACCAACAGGGACGCUGCGAGAGUGUCGGGGACGCCGACCAGAACCUCUCCUACAUCUCCGCGAGGUUCCUCGGGCCGGAGCUCCCCUCGCUCCUUGACGGAGUCACCGCGGACACCUGAGAGACGAAGGCGCACAGUGGCGUCUCCACGCAGUGACAGCAGCCGCGGCAGCACCCCGAGGGCGCCCGCAAUGCGUUCCACACCCCGCGCUCCGGCCGACAGAAAUAAAGAGGAGAAGAGGACUCCCCUGCGAAGCUCCGCCCGCACCAGCACCACCCCGGCGUCCGAGCGCAAGGCGACCAGCGCCCGAGGGCCCGAUAAGACCCCCGGACAUUCACGCACCAGAACAGCUGAGAAAGACCUUGCUGACGACGCCAAAACCAGCACUCUAGGACGUAGGAAGAAAACCGAUACCAAAGAUACCAAGCCUGAUCCGGAUACCAAAUUUGGUACACUCGGCCGUAAGAAGAAGGAGCCUAAGGGCGAGAAGGAGGAAGUAGCAGAGAAAUACGGGACGUUAGGACGUCGUAGGAAAGCCAAGGAAGCUUGCGACACCAAAGAUGAGAGUAGGGAUCGAGGGGGACUGUCAAAGGACAGCAAAAAUACGCUGGACAUGUACGCCACACUUCCCCGUCGGAAAGCCCGUGAGAUGAGUGCUUGCUGGCGGGAGCACAUGGCAGCUGAGGAGGAUGCUUCCAAGUCCUCCCUGAGACGCACCAAAUCUAUAGGAAAAUCCGAGUCCAGUAGCGGCAGCAGCACGGGGCGGGUGCGAGGCUCUGUGAUGAGUGCCAGCCUGCCGCCCUCGGCGUUGUCGGGUCUGGGAGGUGGCAGGUCGCGCAGCCCGCGUUCUCUCCACCGAGAAGCCAAAUCUACCUCAACCUCGACGGCGAGCACACGCAAGGAGAGGACCAUCAUCUGCAUGGAGACAGCCGUCCAGACCUGCCUCACCGGAGGCGACGUGAGCUCAGCUCUUCGAGCACUCUCCAGGCAGAAUUCUGCGGCAACGGAGGAAGGGGAGGCAGGGGAGCAAGCGGAGCCAAGACCUCACGUCACUAUCAUCAGGGAAACGCCACCUCCCGAGCUGCAGCCUGACCGGCGCCACGUCGAGGUUCAGGUGGAGCUGUCCUGGCGGCUGGGCGAUGGCGAGCUGCCGGAGCACGUGCGGCGCCUCACUGAGGAGCAUACCCGCCUGCAGACGGAGCACGCGCGGGCUCGGGCUCGGCUGGACGAGAUGGAGAGCAUCCGGGAGGAGCUGGAGAGGACCAGGAAGAACCUGAUGGAGGAGCGGUCCGAGAAGGAAGAGGUUCAGAGUGAGCUUGAUAGGACAUCCCAACGAGUAAAGGAUAUGCUCACGUCCAUGGAGGGCGUGGAACAAGAAUUCAACAACAGAGGUGACAGCUUGAUUGAGUUGGAGAACCAACUCCAUCAUUCAGCCGACAUCCACAUCCAGAUGCAGGACAAACUCAAUCAGUAUGAAGAGUACACGCUUAAAAUUAAAAGGGACCUGGACAAGAGCGUCGCUGCGCAGAAGACGCUCCUGCAGCAGGUUCAAGACUUGGAGAAUGAGGGCCGCGAGAUCGCCGACUUCAUGGCCGAGGAAAAGAACGCGCUGGCCGAGUGUCUGCGCGAAGCCGAGCUGGAGCUCGUCAGUCUGCGCGAAAGCUGCAAGGAGCUGAACGCAAAACUCAAACAGAAGGACGAGGAGGCCCGGCAGAUGGUCCGCCUUGCCGAGGAGAACAGGAGUAAAUUUAUGGUCCUGCAGUCAGAGAUGAAUUCCAUGCAGUCAAGAGCAAGGGACAUGAUGGUGUGCCAAGGAGCUGAAGUGUCCAGUGCUGCUGUUUCUCUAGCUAACCUUUCCAUGCGUCUUCAGACUCUGAUUGGCAAGCUUGUGCAGGAUUAUUCUAUCACAGAUUCUGACAUAGAGAUGAUUGUCACUCCAACUGAAUCAGACAGCAGUGCCUCUUCAACCAAUGGUACACCCGAGCGCAAAUCUCCGUACAAGGUGUCUGCACGAACACCUUCCCCACGGAAGACUGCAUCAUUUAUAACAGCUCUGCUGAAUGCUAUGCGGGGAUCACCAAGAUGCAAGAUGAACCCAGUAGGUGCUACCAAUGGGAAUAAGCAGGAGACUGAGGGCCGCAAUUCCCCAGAGGGUUCAGAGAGCCACGAUUUGGUGGAGCACGAUGGCAGCAACAGCUCAGCCAGCAGCAAUGUCUCCCUCGCAGACCAAGUGACUGAUGUUGAUGUCCUCCUCACGCGCUUCCUCAAGGUCUGCUGUGUCUUGAAGAACGACACAGACAAUCGCCUCACCGAAAUUGAGGAGGAGAAUGAACGCCUGUGCAAUCAGAUUCGAUCUCAACAGCAAGUUAUUGACCAACAACAUUCAGACUAUGAAAACCUUAACCGCUCAGAAGCUCGUGCUAAGCGUGAGCUGAUGGUUGUUUCACGUGAUUUGGAGGUAGCCAAUCAGAAAUUAAACGAGUUUUAUAAUGCUGAUUAUGAAUCACAGGUUAAGAAACUGGAAUUGGAGGUUGAACGUUUGGGCACGACUGUCCGCCACCUGGAAGCCCUGCACAAUGAGAAGGAGAAACAACUAGCCGAGUCACUAGCUUCCCUGUCAACUGCUCAGGGGCCAGCUCCACCCAACCAUGUCUCGGAGGCAACCCACUUCCAGGAAGUUGCAACACUUAAUGAUAAGGUGGCAUCACUACGUCAGAGUGUUAUCGAGCGAGACAGACGUAUUAGUGAGCUGAGUGAGAGGCACUCCCAAGACUUGGCAGCCUUACGAGAGGCUCAGGUUGAAGCUCAGCGAAGCAACAGGCGCUUCUCUACCACAGUUGACCAUGUAUUGAGGACUUUGGAAAACAUCCCAGAUAUUGUGUCCAGCAACACAACCCUUAAGCAGCUCUUUACAACACUUGCCGCAGCGGAGAAGUCAAGCCAGAAGCAGCAGAACGGCAAUGCCAACACUCAGAAUGGCUUUGGCAAUACCGUCAAUAAUAAGGACUUAAAUGCCAACCCCCAGUCUAUCAUGAAUGCAGGGUUCAACAACCAAAAAAUUGUUCCAACUAUUAAAGCUGAAACACAUCUUUAAUUUAUGUUUGUGAUUACUAACCCUACUGAGGAAUA